AGGAGGAUUCGGUAAUCUGGAGACGUGAGGAGGUUAGAGUAUGAGGAACCUCCAGAGUGAGUGCUGUGUUGCUGUGUUGCUGUGCCUGUCGUUUGACACCCGACAGUGCGCGCCCGGAGAAAUUAGAGACCCGCACGAGGAGGCGGCCAUGAUUGGCUGCCACGUGCUGAAACAAGGGACUCUCCUACUUAUUAAUUGUUAAUUAAUCACUUGAACAAUCCAGUCCUCAUGGAUUCCAGCACAAUGAAUGGGAUGGGAUGGACGGACGAUGGAUCGAUCAAGUGGGCCCGUCAACCCUGGAGAUUCUGCAUCUACCGCUCGCUGGUCGCGUAUCCUCAACCGCCGCCCACAAAACAGCCUCCCUCACCCACUCAUCCACAAUCCCUCUCCUCAUCCACAACACAAGACUGUGUGACUCCUCCCAGUCACACUAAUCCUUUGUAUCACACCUCCUGCAGAAUACCAAACCAUAACGCGCCACCACUUUUCCAUUCUCCGACUUCUCCAUUCUCUCUAUCUCUCUCCCUUGCAUCGCCCGUUGGCCGCAAUCAUAACAUCCACGUGACGCGAUUCCUUGUCUGUGGCAUUUACACUUGUGGCACAUGCAGGUGGGGCCCGUCCGUUUGAACUUUGCCUCAGCUUUCGGCGCAGCCCCCUGAUCACCUCCACCUUGGCCGCCCUGUCGGUCCUAUAGAGGUCCUAGCCAUGUAGAUACUCCAAAACAGCCGCCGAAAGUUUGUAUUAGUUAG